CACUGGGUUCCCUUCCCGCGUUUUAUCCCCUGCAUCGCCGGCUGCCCGGCCGCCACCUAUAAAUAUGUGCCCGCAAAUCCGCCAUUCCCAUCGCAAAAACCACUCGAGCACAACACAACCGGCAGAGGCACUCCAGAGCUAAAGCGCUCGCUCGACAGCCGAUCCAGAACAAGAUGUGUCAGAUGAAGAGGGAGAUGGGCGCCGAGCCGUCGGGCUCCCCGCGCAGCUGGGCGUCGCCCUCGCCCUCGACCUCGGAGCAGGAGCAGCACCGGACGGUGUGGACGUCGCCGCCGAAGCGGCCGGCGGGGCGGACCAAGUUCCGCGAGACGCGGCACCCCGUGUUCCGCGGCGUGCGGCGCCGGGGCAAGGCCGGGCGGUGGGUGUGCGAGGUGCGCGUGCCGGGCCGCCGCGGGUGCAGGCUCUGGCUCGGCACCUUCGACGCCGCCGAGGCCGCCGCGCGCGCGCACGACGCCGCCAUGCUCGCCAUCGCCGGCCCGGGCGCGUGCCUCAACUUCGCCGACUCGGCGUGGCUGCUCGCGGUCCCGGCCUCGUACGCCAGCCUCGCCGAGGUGCGCCACGCGGUCGCCGAGGCGAUCGAGGAGUUCCAGCGCCGGGAGGCGCUCCCGGGGGAGGAGGAGGAGGAGGAGGCGCGCUCGGCCACGUCGUCGACGACGUUCUCUCCCACCAGCGUCGGAGACGAGGGCUCCACCGACGGGGAGGCGUCCUCGCCGGCCGCCGAGGACUCGCCGUUCGAACUGGACCUGUUCGGUGACUUGAGCUCGGACUUGUACUACGCGAGCUUGGCGCAGGCGAUGCUCAUGGAGCCACCGUCCACAGUCGCGGCGUUCUGCGACGAGGGCAUGGCCGAUGUGCCUCUCUGGAGCUAUUAGGACAGACGCCGCUGUGCUUCAAUUUUGCGCCUUUUCUUUCUCUUGGAUUCGGAAGCCAAAUUUUGGUCCUGUAACUGUUACUACUUUUGGUAAUGUUGAGACAGAGCAACUUGGGACAGUAUAGAAUUUCUGAAAGUAGCAAGAAAUGGAAAUGGAAACUUGAGCUUAAAC